GCCAGCAUCUUGCAGCAUAAUGGUUGCAAGACGGUAAACAGGGAGUGAUUCAGCAUUGCAAUCGUAAUUUCUAGGCUAUACCGCUAUUUUUUUCUUCCAUCGCUGCAUUUUUUCUAGUUAUCUCCAUGUUCACUUUUAUUUUUCUCUGCGUGCUAAGUCGAUAAAUGUCUCUCGUCGGAAUGUUUUGAACAGAACUGUCAACGGCCUAGGAUCGUCGUCAGCUGGCACGGAAUGGUAUUUAUGAGCAGGCAUUUCUUCUAUUACUGCGGUGAACCAGUCCUAGAUGUGAAAAUAGCCUUUUGUCAGGUGUGUGUUCCUUACAGGUAAAAUAAGGGUUUUGCUAAACAAUUGGAUGUGUCAUACAUUGGCAAGCAUUACAACAUGAGCAAAUGCAAAGUGGACAACCAGUUCUACAGUGUGGAAGUAGGAGAUUCCACCUUCACAGUUCUCAAACGUUACCAGAAUCUAAAACCCAUCGGUUCUGGAGCUCAGGGAAUCGUCUGUGCCGGGUAUGAUGCAGUCCUCGACAGAAACGUGGCCAUCAAGAAGCUCAGCAGACCCUUUCAGAACCAGACCCAUGCCAAGAGGGCAUACAGGGAACUGGUGCUCAUGAAAUGUGUCAAUCACAAAAAUAUCAUCAGUUUAUUAAAUGUUUUCACAUCACAGAAAUCACUAGAAGACUUUCAGGAUGUGUACCUGGUGAUGGAGCUGAUGGAUGCCAACCUAUGCCAGGUGAUUCAGAUGGAGCUAGACCAUGAGAGAAUGUCCUACCUGCUCUACCAGAUGCUGUGUGGCAUCAAACACCUGCACUCAGCUGGAAUUAUACACAGGGACCUGAAACCUAGCAAUAUAGUGGUGAAGUCUGAUUGUACGCUGAAAAUCCUGGACUUUGGCCUGGCCAGGACUGCAGGCACCAGCUUCAUGAUGACCCCGUACGUGGUGACGCGGUACUACAGAGCCCCAGAGGUCAUCCUGGGCAUGGGAUACAAAGAGAACGUGGAUAUAUGGUCGGUGGGGUGCAUUAUGGGAGAAAUGGUGCGUCACAAAAUCCUGUUCCCUGGCCGGGACUAUAUCGACCAAUGGAAUAAGGUGAUUGAGCAGCUGGGCACACCCUCACCAGAGUUUAUGAAGAAGCUGCAGCCCACUGUCCGUAACUAUGUAGAGAACAGACCCAAAUACACCGGCCUCACCUUUCCCAAACUCUUCCCCGACUGCCUCUUCCCUGCAGACUCAGAGCACAACAAACUCAAAGCUAGCCAGGCCAGAGAUCUGUUGUCUAAGAUGUUGAUUAUUGAUCCAGCCAAGCGGAUACAAGUGGACGAAGCCUUACAGCACCCCUACAUCAACGUUUGGUACGACCCAGCCGAGGUGGAGGCGGCCAGGGAUCUCGUCCAAAUAUCAAUGCCUCCUCCUGCUAUCUACGACAAACAGCUGGAUGAGAGAGAACACUCUAUCGAUGAAUGGAAAGAACUAAUCUACAAAGAGGUGAUGAACUUUGAGGAGAGGACGAAGAACGGGGUGGUGAAGGGACAACCCUCUCCCUCAGGUGCAGCCGUGAACAGCAGUGGUGAGAGCCUCCCUUCCCCCUCCAUCAACGAUAUCUCCUCUAUGUCCACCGACCAGACCCUGGCCUCAGACACUGACAGCAGCCUGGAGACCUCCGCAGGACCCCUGGGGUGUUGCAGGUGACUAGCAGCCUGCCUGCGCAAACCAAUGUUCUUCAGAAGGUGAAACGCAACAACCAACCAACCCACCCGAAACCUGAAAAAGAACAAAGAUUAUUAAAAAGAAAAAAGUAUCAUAUUAAAGGGAUUUUUAAGGAAACGUAUAGAAUAAUGAUUAUGAAAGUUAAGCCUGCAUUUUCAUUAAAAAAGAAACCACAAAAGUAUAAGGAAAAAAACUGAAAUAAUAAAUGUAUGAACUUCUAGUUACUUUAUUUAUACACCCCAUCCCCCCCAAAAUAUGGCACCAUUAAAAACAAAAACACUGAGACAGUCAUGUUUCUGUGAAGUGUAAAUUGACUGGCUGCUGGUAACCCAAUUUCUUGCAAGCGCCUGUGCUUCAGUCGAUGUGGCAAGGUGGGCCCUUUUCAUACAUUACUGUACAGCAAUAUAUAAACCUCCAUUCACUUUCCCCUAUGUGACUGUAUUGCUAUGUUUUAAUAACCUCUAGGUUUGGUCCUUUGGUUUGUCUCCUGUGUGGGUGACAGAUUGGUGUGUUUUCAUGUAAUUAUUUCCGCAGGGGUUAGUGCUAGUGCUCGACACUGCAUAGCACCCCCGCCCUUUGUAAAUAUGUAAUUCUGUACAGCUGUGAGCUAGGCACACAGACAGACAGAGAGUGGGACUGACGGCCAGUACUGGAAGUUCUUCUAUAGCACACCUUGCCACAUGACAUCACCACCUUGACCCCUGACAUUUGACCCCUAACCUUUCACCCCUUGCCUUUUAGUCCUGCUGCAUGAUUACAAAAUCUAACACUAAUUAUAUGAUAAAUUACAACUAUAGAUACUUUUGUUUAUAAUACCACUUAACGUAAUUGAACUUCUUUUCAACCAUAGUGGUGACGAAACCCGUGGAUGGGGAGCUUCGGUUGAUGAUGGAUAUAUAAAUAUACAUACAGUGUGUGAUCUUCUGCAGGAGCAGGGCUGAGCAGGUUUGGGUUCAAUUCCAUUUAAAUUCAGUCAAUUCUGAAAGUCAACAUUUUUCUCAUUGAAAUGCAUUUUUAUUUGUUUUAUUUUAC